UGCAAGAUGGCGGCGCCCACCAAUGUGCGUGUGAGGCUGGCUUUUGACUACCCGCCACCGGCUAUCCCGGAGAGUUGUAUGUUCUUGCUGCUGGUGGAUGUGAAGAGAUGCCGUGUGGUUACUGAUCUGGGCAGUAUUAUUCGUGAGAGAUUCUUUUACGGACAAAGGGGCGGUCUGAGUCUGUAUGUGGAUGACUGUCUGCUUCCUCCUGGGGAGAGCAUCCAGGUUAUCCGCGAUAAUGACAGCAUCAGAGUUAAAUGGGAUGAAGUUUACCCAGAAGAUGAAUUUGAAACAAACAAUAUUCUCUCUCCACCUAAAAAAUCCAAGAAGAGGCACCGAAAAAAAUCUAGCGAAGAAACUGAAGACUCAGAGAUAAAACCUAAAAAACAGAAAACGGACUACUCAGAAGAAUGCUUGAAUUCAUCCAGUGAUCACAUAGUAAAUAAAAGGAGGAAGAAUAAAAAGAAAAGAAAAAAAGAGAGAUGCUUAUUGGAUAGCUGUGUUGAGAAUGAGAUUCACAGAAAGAGUAUAAAAGGGAUGCUGGAUGAGGAAGAUGAAACAAAAAAAAGCAAGAAACUCACUAUUUCUGAGGAACAACCUGCAGGAAAAUGCUCAAGGAAGAGUCUUACGUUGGGAGCAUCCGACCCUGUCAGUAGCAAAAGAAAAGAAUCCUCUUCAUCAAGUUUAGACUCUAGUGAAGAAGAUGAUGUCAAUAAAGUGAAGAAGAAAAAUGUGGCAGCUGAUGGUCUAUGCUCACCAAAUGUUGUGAAAAAAGUUCAGGAUGAAGAUGUUAACAAGGAACUUGAAGUAGGGAUCCAUAAGGAACAAAAUUCAUUUAAGCAAUCAAAAAAAGCCUACUACUAUAAGUGCAAAGGAAACCAAGCUGCAUCUGAUGGUGUACAGGGACCAUCUCUUGACCCCAUAGUCUGGGGACGAGGUGUAGGAAGGGGACGUGGGAGAGGCGACAACUCUCCUUGGAGGGGACGCGGAUUUAGAGGAAGAGGAGAUGGCAAAAACCCAGGGAGAAGGAGGGGUGAAAACCCUCUGCUUUCCUACAACACAGAGAUACAAAAGGAACAGCAGCUGAAUGAAUCAGCAACAAACAAAUCUGUUAUAAUCGAGAAUCCACCAGUUAUCCCCGAAAAGGAUUACAGUACCCUUCCUCUGCUUGCAGCUCCUCCACAAGUUGGAAAACUCAUUGCUUUCAAACUACUAGAAUUAACAGAGAAUUAUACCCCUGAAGUUUCUGAUUACAAGGAAGGAAAGAUUUUGAGUUUUGAUCCUUUCACUAAACAACUUGACGUGGAAAUCUACUCAAAUGAAUCAGUCCUAAAGGAACCUGGAAAGUUUGACCUUGUCUACGAGAUGGCGGGCGGGAGAAACAUUGUAGAGUAUGCUGUACAGCAAGACAGAAGGAUAACACAGAGGUGGGACUCUCUUAUUGAACCAAGAUUAAUUUUGGACAGCGUACCACAAGAAGCUUUAUCAACACCUCAGACUGUGAACGCAGGAUUGUGAUUAUCAUCAUUCGCCAGCAAAUAAAAUACGUCUGUUUUUACAUUUUAUUAAUGAGUAGAUCACCGUCUAUAACAUUUUUUUUUAUUAAAAUCGUUUUAAUGGCACACAUUUAUUAAAACUGCUGAUACUGAGUUGGAACCUAAAUGUAACUGUUAGUACGUUGGUGCCAGAAUUGUGAUUCUGUGUGUUAGAAUUUAAAUGCUGAAUUGACCACGGAGAAGAUAGAUUUGCUCUUUAGAGGCUGCCUGUUAUAUAUUUACAUUUGAUAUUUCCAAUGCUUGGUAGAAGAAAAACUCAGUGCAGCUCUUAGGGUGUUUUGCUUAAUAUUAUUUAAAAAAAAAUUAUCCUGAUUUACUCUGGAAAUGUGAACUGUUGAAAUAUGUACAAAAUUGUUUGUUUUUAUAUGUUAAAAUGUUUUUUACUAAUAAAACAGACUUCGCUAAUGA